CACAACGGUCUGAAUCACUGUGUUCGGAAACCCACCAAUGGCGUUGCGAGUCGUGGUGUUACGGCUCAGGAAUGCAGCUAGACAACAACUGUUAGCUUUCGUUUCACAUCAGCUGAGCUGGAACCUCCGGCGAUUAACACCAGUAUCCCCGGGCUGUUUGUUACCUUGUAUACAGACGGAAAGGUGUCUAAACCACCAGUAUGGCCACAGCGCAGUCGACGUUGCUGCUAGCAGUGCAUAUUCUGCUCAUCUCAGAGUUCAUUCUGGCCAAAAGGGACUACUACGACAUACUGGGGGUGCCGAGAGAUGCUACCGAGCGGCAGAUCAAGAAGGCCUUCCACAAGCUGGCCCUGAAGUACCAUCCUGACCGAAACAAGGGGCCAGACGCUGAAGCCAAGUUCAGAGAAAUAGCAGAGGCAUAUGAAACCUUAUCGGAUGAUAAGAAGAGGCAAGAGUAUGACCAGUUUGGACAUAGUGCUUCAUCAGGGGAGGGCCAGAGAGGAGGAGACUACGACUUUAACCAGCACUUCAAGUCAUUCAACUUUGAUGACAUUUUCAAAGACUUUGACUCUUUUGGUCAACAACAACAACACCACCAACACCACUUUCACUCCCACUCUAAUUCCCACCACAAGAGACACUUUGACAGCCACUUCCAGGCUCAUCGAGAGGCCAUGAAUGGGCACAGGAGGCAGUUUCAGCAGGGCAGCUUUGGCGGAGGACUAUUUGAUGAUAUGUUUGAGGACUUGGAGAAGAUGUUUUCCUUUCACACGCACAGCUCCAGGACUGAGAACAGAUUUCAGGGCUCAGGGAAGCAACACUGCAGGACAGUGACGCAGCGUAGGGGGAACAUGGUGACCACCUUCACUGACUGCUCUUAAGACAGGCUGGAUAGUGGGGGGGGGGUUCUUUGUGGUUUUUGGAAUUGAAAGCUAAUUUAUCACUUGGUGAAACAGAGUGGCUUUGUGUGGCUUUUUGUAAUUGCAUGUAAUUUCCUGUAUGAACAAAUAUCUAAGCUAGCCUGAAAAAUGGCUGCUUCCAAGCAAUAACUCAUUCAUAUUAUUAUUAUAGCAUAGUAAUAAGUCUUAAGAUCUGUCAGAUACCUCCCUAUCACCUCGCUUUCCAGGUUCGUUAUGUUUACAAUCUGAUUCUCAGGCAUGGCCUAUGCUUAGUUUAAAAAGAGUACUUUUCUCUUGAGCAGUGAAGCAAUUAGAUGCGUUAGAAUUCACAUUUGUGAAAAUGGGAAACCAUAACUCUGCAGCUAUAUAGGCCAUAUUUUAUUUUAUCUCAUCAAUAGAAACCUUUUUCUCAUCCAAAACCAAGACUUGCAGGUUUUGCACAUUUGGUUUCCUGACAACCCCCCCUUUUUUUUUUUCUUUAUCUUGGUGAAAGGAUACAUUAACAAUCAAUUCUUCUAACUGCAUUUGUGGAUGCACUACAUUCACCUGGAAUGUGUACAGUUUGGCCAUUAUCAACUGUUACCUCGUUUAGUUUUUUUUUUGGUUGUUGUUGGGUUUUUUUCCUCUUCCAACAGAGUUGCAUCUACCUUUUACUCAGUCAGGGUUGGAAAUUAACAUCAGUCCUAUGACAAAAACUGGCAGACUUGGCCACAGGCAAAGUCGGCGGAGGUGUUUGCAUGCGUGAUUGCUUGGCUGUUUGUUUGUUUUUUGUUUGUUUGUUUGUUUGUUGUUUUGUUUUUUCAUUUGGACCAGCUAUCACAAAAACCGCCCAGGCUCAUCUGCCAGUCAAACUGAGUGGUCUGACAAGUUAAGAUUCCCUAAACUGAUCAUAAUGUGCAAUAUUUAGCACCUUUGCUCUUCAUGUUGCCUAUCUUCUAUAGACCGUGCUGUGUAAAUGUCAUUGUCUAAUGUCUGCACUUUGAAUGCGUGCGUGAGUGUCUUGAAUAUCAAUUGGUUGCAAAAUGUUUGGAGAAUGAAUAAAAAAAUAUAUAUUAGA